GCGGGGCGGGGCGGGGUGGCGCGGGGCGCUGCGGGAGCGGGCGGCGGGGCCGGCGGCGGCACCAUGGGCAACUGCCACACGGUGGGGCCCAACGAGGCGCUGGUGGUGUCAGGCGGCUGCUGUGGCUCUGAUGUGAAGCAGUACGUGUACGGAGGCUGGGCCUGGGCAUGGUGGUGCAUCACCGACACCCAGAGGAUUUCCCUAGAGAUAAUGACGUUACAGCCCAGGUGUGAGGACGUAGAGACGGCGGAGGGGGUAGCUUUAACUGUCACAGGUGUGGCACAGGUGAAGAUAAUGACGGAGAAGGAGCUCCUGGCUGUGGCCUGCGAGCAGUUCUUGGGGAAGAACGUGCAGGAUGUGAAGAACGUGGUCCUACAGACGCUGGAGGGGCAUCUGCGCUCCAUCCUAGGAACCCUGACGGUGGAGCAGAUCUACCAGGACAGGGACCAGUUUGCCAAGCUGGUGCGGGAGGUGGCAGCUCCAGACGUGGGUCGCAUGGGUAUCGAGAUCCUGAGCUUUACCAUCAAGGAUGUCUACGAUAAAGUGGAUUACCUGAGCUCCCUGGGGAAGACUCAGACCGCGGCUGUCCGAAGGGAUGCGGACAUCGGGGUGGCAGAAGCCGAGCGAGACGCUGGCAUUCGGGAGGCAGAGUGCAAGAAGGAAAUGCUGGAUGUCAAGUUCAUGGCAGAUACCAAAAUAGCAGAUUCCAGGCGUGCUUUUGAAUUGCAGAAAGCUGCCUUCACCGAGGAGGUCAACAUUAAGACUGCGGAGGCCCAGCUGGCCUACGAGCUCCAGAGCGCCCGGGAGCAGCAGAAGAUCCGCCAGGAGGAAAUUGAGAUCGAGGUGGUGCAGCGCAAGAAGCAGAUUGAUGUCGAAGAGAAAGAGAUCAUCCGGAAGGAGAAGGAGCUGAUCGCCACCGUGAAGCGGCCGGCCGAGGCCGAAGCCUACCGCAUCCAGCAGAUCGCCGAGGGAGAGAAGGUGAGGCAAGUCCUUAUGGCUCAGGCAGAGGCAGAAAAGAUCCGCAAGAUGGGAGAAGCGGAGGCCUUUGUGAUUGAGGCCAUCGGGAUGGCAGAAGCCGAGAGGAUGAAGCUGAAGGCCGAAGCUCUCCAGCGCUACGGGGAGGCCGCCCAGCUGGCGCUGGUGCUGGACGCGCUGCCUGAGGUGAGGAGGGGGCGGCUCUCCCCUGCUCCGGGCGAGAGGCGGCGAGUUCCCGGGCUGGGAACAUGCACACAGGGUCCUCGCCCUGUGGCUCCUUGGCUCCGUGCUCGUCACACGCUCCUUCCUUCCCCAGAUUGCGGCCAAAGUGGCUGCUCCCCUCUCCAAAGUGGACGAGAUCGUUGUUCUCAGCGGGGAGAGCAGCAACGUGACAUCCGAGGUGAACCGCCUGCUUGCCGAGAUCCCCGCCUCCGUGCGUGCCAUCACCGGCGUGGACCUCACGAAGAUUCCCCUGAUCCAGAAAGCCACCGGGGCCCAGGCAUGAGACCCAAAGCUAGUGAAGACCCCUCCCCGUUGUGCACUCGACAUCAACUGCCUUCAACACUUGGGAAUUCCUUUUAUAUCAAAGACAAUCGGAGUUUCGUUUUUAAGCUCUGGUGCCUUAUUUUGUAGGGCCAGAAGGAUGCAUGCUCAGUCAGCCACUCUUUUUUUCUUACAAAGGGUGGGAGGAGAUUUAUUUUGUAACUAACUGUGUAUUGUAUCUGGCCGUCGUUUGGCCCCGACCCGCAGUUACUCCUGGCAGCUCGUCUGGUGCUGCAGUCCCGGUGCUGCCUCGCUGUUCUCUGUCCUCGGGUGGCCACCCCGAGCUCGCAGCAGAGGCUCGGCAGGAUGUCUGGAGCUGUAGGAAGAGAACAGCCAGGCCCUCCCCUGGGCUCCCUGCCCUCCCACAGCGACCCUCCCGGGCACUGCCCCGACCCCUGCUGCUGCCCACGAGCUGUUUUUAUGUCUAGCUUUGUUUGUUUCGCCCGCGCGGGCUCUGCUGUGCCAGCAGCCCGGCCCAGCGUGCCAUGUCCUGCCUGGGCAGGGCUCCCCGGAGGUGGCAGUCACACCCCGGAUAGGGUGGCACUGGGGCACUGCCAGGGGACGGUGCCCGCUCCCCCGCUGCCUUCCCUCAGGGAUUUUCCUCCUGGGAUCUUGCUCAGCCCUGAGCCAGCUCCCUCAGCUGCCGUGCCCCUUCCCCAGCAGGGGACACAAAGGUUCCCCAGCUCAGGGACCCCUGCAGGGUGGCCGUGCUGCAGGGCCAGGCAGGCCGGGGGUGGUCUGAAUCCCCUCCCAGCCCUGCAAGAAUCCCAAAAAGUAGCAUGGUGCCAAAGCUGCUCCAUCCUGGAAGGGAGGCAGAACUGCUCAGGCUGCUGUCCCCAAGUGCCACCGUGUAUCUCGUGCACUGCAGUGAGGACAUUCCCCCUCUGGUACCACAGCCCCUACAGUUGGCCUGGGGACCAGUGCUCCUGCAAAACCCCUUGUCCCCAAAAGCUCUGUCCUCUGGUGUCUUAAGGCCAGUGGCUUUGCUGUCCCUGGUGACAGUGUGAAAAAGGCUGUUCCCUGUGCGUCCCCAUAGUGCCAGCCCCCUGAGGCCUGCCACUGCCCCUUGCCCCCUCCCCAUCCGUCUCGCUGCCUGUGCUCGGUGUGGUUGUAGCAGACAAACGUGUCCAUAAAAUCCCAUCUGUCCCUGCACAGACUGCUUCCCCCGCGGCUCGGUGACACCCCGAUUUAUGGCAGGGUGGCUGUGGGGUGCGGGGACCCCUGCCCCAGUGGUGCCACAGGUACUGGCCAGUCCCUUUGCUGGGGGUGACCUGCUGCGGGGCUGGGGGUGCUGCAGGGCCAGCAGCACCCUGUCCCCUCCCUGUCCCUGGGGCGGGGGGGCUCAGCCUUAUCAGCCCCUGGCUCGUGCUGGCGCCGCGGGGCCGCCGGCCCAGAUCUGGCGCUCACCGGCGGGCGUGCCGGGCAGGGCGCCCUAUCUGCAUGUGCGUGUGCAUGCCUGCGACGUGUCACUGCUGUACGAUAAUAAAAGCCUUGUCACCACGUG